AUGCUUCAGUCUAUCAAUGACGCCGACAAACCUGCUCCCAGGGACAAGAAACCAGAAAAGGGGAAAGACAAGAAAGUAGUCAAAGGGGUGAAAGGCCCUUCUCCUAAAAAGAGAAAAUCAACGAAGGCUGCCCAAUCACCUCCUCCAAAGAAGAGGAAAACCCAUCCCAGGCGGAAACUCAUUCUUGCCUCUUCCUCCAGUGAAUCUGAGGAUGAGAGUUCAGACUCAGAGGAGUCGUUUCGAGGCGACUCUCCUCCCUGUUCGCCUUCACAUGAAUCUUUACAGGGGGCAGCUGAAUCUAAUGCAGCGAAGGUUGAUUCCGUUGUUGAGAAGCUGGCUACUUUAUUUGCAUUAGAAAAGCAACUCUUUGCCGGUCUUCGUCAGACUCUUGAAGCUGACAAUAAAUCUUUCCAGGCGGUUGUUGAGGAGCGAUUGACCAAGCUCCAAGAAGACCUUGCUUCGGAGAACUCUGUGAUGGAUGCGCUUGCACGCAAAACAACUGCUCUAAAGAUCAAGAGUCUUCAGCUUUCCCAAUCAGAAAAGGAGGUUCAUUCUCUUCGAUCUGAGCGAGCGGUCAUUUCGAGUUGUGUUUCGGAUGUCCACGGAGCUCUCUCCAACAUUAUUGAAGCACACGACCCAAUUCUCAACUACUUAGUGAGGCGAACUCUUGCUGAGAAGCUUGCUCCUGCCCUUGCCCUGCUCUGCAAAAUUGAGGGGCUUCCUAAGUACGUGUCCCAUCCAAAACAAGGGGGAGAAGGAGCUUUAAAGGGCGAAAAUCAAUCUCAACCGCCUCCUUCUUCUACACCCGCUUCAACUAAAGCAACCGAACCUCCAACAACUGGUCAUGCUUCAGGUUCUGGUGCUCAAGAUAAAGGGAAAAAGGCUCUGGAUGACAGUGAUGGCGAUGAUGACAAAGAAACCAUUGCUGAUCUCUCGAAGAAACAGGCCAAGGAUAAGGAUCCAGACAUGAGUGCUCGGAUCGCUAGAGAGGCAGAAGCAAACGAAAGGAAGAUGAAGGAGAAUUCUGAAGAUGACAAAAAGUAUUUCAAUGAUAUGAUCCAGUGGUACAUUCGUUUCAGACAAACCAUUCUUGCCAUCAUUCCCUGUCUGUUCAAUACCACGAAGAAAGUUCCUGCAGCAGGAUCCAGCAAGCCAAAGUAG